AAUGAUGUUACAUUUAAAAGAUGCUGUGUGGUCCCUAAGUAUGACCAAGAAUUACGCAUCUGGAUAUUAGAGCAUUUUUACAAUCAAGCAAAUCACUAUAAUUAUCACAAGACGUUUGCCACUACCUCAGAACACCAUAUUGGAAUUAUACAGGAAGAAGUCCAGGCAUAUAUCAACGAAUAUGCUUCUUGUGCGGUAAACACUUACCUUAAAGAAAAGACUAAUAUGACACCAGUAGUAUCAAUAGCACCGUGGAAACAUGUUCAGAUUGACCUUGUGGACUUUCGUGAUUUCAUGAAAAUGAAUGAUAGUUUUACAUGGUUACUUACAUACAUUUGCGUGUUUUCAAAGUUCCUUGUAGCUGUUCAUCUAAAAAACAAGGAGUCUAAUACUGUUGUGCAAAUCACCUU